GGACACAGAGCAGAAGAUCGCGACCAUUAUCUUUGGAGAAGAGGCUGCUAUCUUGAGGGUUAUGAAAUUCUGAGGACACAAACAAGUUCGCGGGCAAGGGGCAUAAGAUCGCGGCCGCGAGAGGCUGCGAUCUUGAGGUUGCCAUUUUGUGCUUUGAAAGUUGGGAAGUUCGAGGUCUGAGUUCAUGGUCGCGAUCCAUAACUCGCGGUCAUUCUCGCGGGCUUGGAUGAAGAAGGUCGUGAGUCGGCUAUCAAGACUUUCUAUUCCUUCCUUAUUGGCUACUCUUGAAGUUUGUGCCCUUGGCUCCAGAGUUUGUGGUCGUGGUCUUAGCCCUGAGCGCUGCAAUCUUGGUGCUCUAGGUCGCGCCCAUGGCUACUAAGCUCGCAAUUAUCUCCAUUUUGACCCCUUUUACUACACAAUAGCCUCAUUUUCUUCCUCUUUUCGCUUGUAACGUCAAAUGCAACCUACAAUAACAUGAUAUAACAAAAGCCAUCUAGACUACAAAUUACGUUUUAUAAAUCAAAUCAUGCUCAAAAUGAUAAUAAAACACCUAAUAAAUGAAGGCUAAAUAACACAUUUUUUGGUGCUAUCACUUUGCAUUUUGACAGAACCCAGACUUGAUCUAACACGCUAAUUUGAAAAACAGAUAAAAUGAACAUCCAAUCCAAACCCGUCAGCACUGAAUUUUACCCGCUUUAACUAACUUAAAUCGAGUUGGGUACUCAUUUGUAGGAUUCAAGUGCCAUCCCCUAGCAACUAGCAAGUGACCGGGCUCAAAGUAGUACUCGGAUUAUGGAGAUCGACGGAGAUAGCCUCCUGUCGUGUCUGUCUUCCAAAUGGAUGCAACAACACAUCACACUCACAGAACAGCGCAUCUCCCUGUUUAUUUAGAAAUUAGAAUAUGAAACCCUCCAGCACAACAACUGACCCAACUCUCCUCCUCUUCCGCUUUCCAAUCUCCCCCGCGCCGUGCACAGACGCCUCUCAACCGCAGACCGACACCUCCUCUCUCCGGCGGUGUACAUUUUUCCAUCCAACCUCUCUUUCUCAUCUCUCAGUCCUGCUUUUCUGUUCAGAAUAACACCAAAUGUGGAAGCAGAGUAAGAAUUCGACCAGAUCCAUCUGUCCAAAUUAAAAUAAUAGAUUUUCAUUCCACACCCAAAAUCAACCCAAGACAAAUCAAGAUUUCAGAUCCCUUUUCUCUCUGUCUCUCCUCUGUCAUCCACAUUAUUGUUAUGUAAUACCCAUAAGAGCACAGCGAGGGAGAGAAAGAGAUAGAUGCUUCAACUUCACGAAAGCUCUAUAAUUGGAGCUAAGUGAAGUGGGUGCGGAUUCUCUUUGGGCUGUUGAAUUUGAAUGGGGCAAGACAACGGCUCCACCUUCACAACGCAGAAGCGAUCCAGCGGCGGCGGUUCAUCUUUGCCCACCACCAACGGAAGAGCAGCAGGCGCCGCCGCCCGUACAAUGAUCCCUCGGGGCAGGCAGAUCCACAAGACCUUCAACAACAUCAAGAUCACAAUCCUGUGCGGCUUCGUUACCAUCCUCGUCCUCCGUGGCACAAUCGGAAUAGGCAACUUAUCCAGCUCCGAAGCCGACGCCGUCAACCAAAACCUCAUCGAAGAGACCAACCGCGUACUUGCCGAGAUCCGCUCCGACAAGGACCCCGACGAUCCUGCCGACUCCACCGACGAGCCCCAAUUCCUCUCCCUCAACGACACCUACACCCUCGGCCCCAAAAUUGUUGGAUGGGAUCAACAGCGUAAGGUAUGGCUCUCCCAAAACCCUGAAUUCCCCAGCUCCGUCAACGGCAAACCUCGAAUUCUCCUCCUCACCGGCUCCCCUCCAAACCCUUGCGACAACCCCAUUGGGGAUCAUUACUUGUUGAAGGCCGUUAAGAACAAGAUUGAUUACUGUAGGAUUCAUGGGAUUGAGAUUGUUUACAACAUGGCCCAUUUGGACAAGGAGCUCGCUGGGUACUGGGCGAAACUGCCCAUGAUUAGGCGGCUCAUGUUAUCUCAUCCUGAAGUGGAGUGGAUUUGGUGGAUGGAUAGCGAUGCUAUGUUUACUGAUAUGGUGUUUGAGGUCCCUCUCUCCAAGUACUCUAACCAUAACCUGGUGAUUCAUGGCUACCCGGAUUUGCUAUUCGAGCAGAAAUCGUGGAUUGCAUUGAACACUGGUAGUUUCUUGUUCAGGAAUUGCCAAUGGAGUCUUGAUUUGCUUGAUACAUGGGCUCCAAUGGGUCCAAAGGGCCCGAUCCGUGAGGAAGCAGGGAAAGUGUUGACUGCUAACCUGAAAGGGAGGCCGGCAUUCGAGGCUGAUGAUCAGUCUGCAUUGAUCUAUUUAUUGCUCUCACAGAAGGAGAAGUGGAUGGACAAGGUGUAUGUGGAGAAUCAAUAUUACUUGCACGGGUACUGGUUAGGUUUGGUGGAGAGGUAUGAAGAAAUGAUUGAGAAGUAUCAUCCCGGUUUGGGAGACGAGAGAUGGCCUUUCGUAACUCAUUUCGUUGGAUGCAAGCCUUGUGGGAGCUAUGGGGAUUACCCGGUUGAGCAGUGCCUGAAGAGCAUGGAGAGGGCUUUCAAUUUUGCUGACAAUCAGGUGCUUAAGUUUUAUGGGUUCGGACAUAGAGGGCUGUUGAGCCCCAAGAUCAAGAGGAUCGCAAAUGAAACUGCAACUCCAUUGGAGUAUAUGGACCAAGUUGAUAUUCGUCGUCCGGUCCACGGGGAUGAGAGCAGCGGGUCUAGUGAAACAAAGAGCUAACUUGGGAGGUGAAAGCACAUCAGUUUCGUACAAUGUGUGUCAUACUUUUGUAGGUAAAUGUAAUCCUUUUUUUGUGAAACGUGUAAUUCCUUCCUCCAGUCCAAAAGGCAGGCCUACUACACUUCAACAGAGUUUUACAGCUUUUUUCACGUAAGUUUUUUCUUUCAAUGUUGUGUUUGUUUAUGUUUUCCGAGAACACCAUGGGUAGAGUUAAUUUUUCAAUGGAGAAUUCCGUUUAGCCUUCCCUGCUCUGUGUUUUGGUUGUCGAUGGGGUAAAUCGAUGAUUAAUCAGCUUUAUAUUGACUUACUUUUCUGAUGCUGAAUGUGGUGUGGUGCAUAUGAAUGUUCGAUUUCCCGCUGCAUGGCAUAUGCUGCAAUGAGAAGAAGUUGAACUCUUUUUCUUAAACUCAAACUUAGCCAACGAGAUUACCUGCUUUUGGGUUUGUGGCGUUUUGCGACAUAAGUCAUGCUGAUAUCUCGUAACUGACCUGCAAUGGGGGAGUAAAUUCCGGGGAUUCAU